AUGGCUAGCUCUGUUGUCUUUAAGUUGACUUGCUUGGCGCUUGUAUGCACGGUGGUAAUUGCAGCCAAGGCCCAAAGAGUUGUUCCAUGCGACGAGAUAGUGUCUGUGUCCGAUACCUGUUGCGGUGGGAUAUUGUCCCUCCGGCAGCUCACUAAGACCAAAAUGGAGAGCAGGAGCAUUUGCACUUGUCUAAAGAAAUUUCUUCGUGGGUUUCCAUACACUAACGACCAUGUUCGUCUUGGUGCUGCACUGCCUGAGAAAUGUGGAGUCAACCUUCCUUACGUGAUCAGUCCCACUAUGGACUGCAACAUGUAUGAUUGA